CGCCCAAUGGACGUGGACUUGCAGACAGCACGGACAGUGCGAUGCAAACAUCGCGGUCAUCGCUGAGGCUUAGUAUUUGGCUGUCGGAUGAAGAUGUUGCAGCCAAGAGCGCUGCCAUCAGACUCAGCAAAUCCCUAAACAGACACAUUUCGCGCCUUAGACUGGCGCCGCAAUGGCUCAUGGUAGAUCGAAAAGCUCGAUUCGCAAGUGUUCUGCUCCUUUUCCUAGCAGCAUUGCUGGCGUUGGGUGUUUUGCUGCAAGCUGUCAAUGGGCUUCGGAGUGAGGCCCAUGCAGACAAGUACGCUGUGUACAUUGACGGCGGCAGCAGCGGCACCCGCGUGCGUGUGUUCCGCUACCGCCCCGCCCGCGCGCCCGCCUACGUGGCGCUGGUGUUGCCGGAGCCCAGCAUGGCGGUGGAGCCGGGGCUGUCGGCGCAUGCGGGCCACCCGCGCCUGGCGGCAGCAAGCCUGCAGCCCCUGCUGGACUUCGCUUACGAACAUGUCCCUCCCCAGCGUUGGUCCGUGACGCCUGUACGGCUGCUGGCGACUGCGGGGCUGCGGCUGCUGAGCGAGCAGCAGCAGGUGGACAUCCUGGCAGCCUGCAGGGAGCUGCUGGCAGCGUCGCGCCUCUGCUUCAAGCCGGAGUGGGCAACUGUCAUUGGCGGCGAGAUGGAGGGGCUGUACGGUUGGGCGGCGGUCAACUACAUCACUGGGGCGUUGCAGGAGGCUGCGGGUCACGCGCACCACAGCCGCAAGGAGGUGCUGGACCCAGCGCAGCUCUUCACGGGGCUGCUGGAGAUGGGCGGCGCCAGCAUGCAGGUCACCUUCCUGCCACCCGCGGCGGUGCGCCUGCCGGAGCAGUACGGCAAGCACCUGCACCUGCCAGGGGUGCCCUCGCGGCUCUUCACCCACAGCUAUCUGGGACUGGGAAUGGACUCGGCACUGGCUCGAGCGGCGGAGUAUGUCCUGCAGCGCCAGCGGCAGCAACAGCAGCACCUGGGGCCAGGGGAGCGGCACCCGCGGGUGUCAACCGUCGCGGACCCCUGCUUGCCGGUCGGGUACGUGAGCGAGGAUGGGCGCCACGGCAACGCCUCCUUCCUGCAAUGCCUGGAGGUCGUCAACGAGAUCCUGCCGGCACACAACUGCUCGACGGGCGCCGUUCCUGGUGCGGCCGAUGAUGAUGGGCGCACCCAUCACCACCACCACAGCCAACCAGCGAGCUCCACCGCUGGCAGUUCAACCCACAUCACGGAAGGCGACGAUGGCGACUCUAUUGGGCAUUCGGGACAUCGUUCUACUCAGUCUAUUGGCGCUAGCAGUAGCAGCGGCACUGGCAGCGGCAGCAGUGGGUGCUUCCUGCAGGGCAGCUACGUGCCGGCGCUGGCGGGUCGGUUCGUGGCGGUGGAGAACUUCGCCUGGACUGCCCGCGCGUUGGGGUUGCCCACCUCCGCCACGCUGCGGCAGCUGCGGGAGCACGGAGGGCAGUACUGCGCGCGGCACUGGUCCAGUCUGCACGCCGAGUUUAGCGGCCACAUCUCAGACCAGUUCCUGGUGCGCUACUGCUUCGGCGCCGCCUACAUUCUGGCGCUGCUGCACCGCGGGCUGGGCCUGGGGCUGGACGACACGCGCCUGACCUGGACCAACACGGUGCGGGAGCGCAGCAGCGGGGCCGAGGUGGGGCUCAACUGGGUGCUGGGGGCGGCGGUGGUGGACGCCAUGAGCGACCGCGAUGGUCCUGGCGGCAUCGCUGGGGCAGAGGAGGGAGGUGGCAGUGGAUCAGGGGGUAGAGGGGGCUCGCAGCGCUUUCGGGUGAGAGCGGACAGCGGCGACCCGACGGCAUCGGUGGCUGGUAUGCGAAGGGAGCUGCUGCUGCCGCUGGUGGCGCUGUUUGUCUUGGUUGGGUUCUUAGCUGUGGUGCUGUUGCGAGUGGGGGCAGGGCAAAGCCGCAAGGCACCUGCUGCGGCACAGGGAAAUGGUGGCAGCAGCAGCGCGGGUAGGACCGCUGCGUUGGCAGCUCCAGGCCGGCAGAUGUACGGCACUGGGGGCGGCCUGGGGGCGACGGCGACCGCCUGGUCCACCUCAUCACUGGCGACUGCAGUGGCGGCGCCGCGUUAUGGGCCGACGGCUGUGGCGGUGGAGCCUUCGGAUGCUGGCUCGCUGGACCCUGGGUUAGGGCCCAGACCGGCAGCGGUUGAGGGUCGGGGAGACGGGCGGGGGCCAACGGGAGGUGGACAGGGAGCGGUAAGAAAUAAUGUAGGGCAUGGUGGGUUGCAAACGCAGGAAGGUGGCGGUGGGGGCUCGAGACAUGCUGUGGUGGUAAAGUCGGCAGGGUCGUACGGGGCUAAUUUGCGGCGCUCCCCAUCCUUUGUGAGCGUCUGGUUGGGGCUGGAUAGCGGGCCUGCGCGGUGAGCCUUCUUAUGUGAACUGAGACAAGCAAAGCUGCGGUUACGUGCAGUUUCUAUGUGUGUGGGGGGAGGGACGAAGUUGCGAUACACAAGACGGCUUGUACGGCUUUGUGCAUGACUACAAUGACAUGCUAUGUGCAAACAUUGUUAUUAUUAUUGCGACAAGAAGUUAAGGACAAGAAGAGAAGAAGGGCCUGGUAGUCCGCACCUUUCCUUUCGCAAGAGUAACGAGUAUACAUUACUACAGCCUGAAGUCAGGUUUCUAGUAACGCCGCAGAGCGUUAGGAUGGCGCCUCCUCAACAUGGUAAAGCAGCAAAUCGACGCCCUGUCGGAGCUGGGCUUUCUCUGGAUAAGUUUGCGACCCUUGGCGUGAGCAAAUUUGACAAAAGGAAGAAGCUCGAGCGCAUAAAGAAGCAGAAGCUUAUCCAGCAUAGCAAGCUACAAAAGCUUAAGAAAAAGCUGGAGUCUAAGGGCGAGCUUGUUGGCGUUCAGAUAAAGGACUCGGUCGCUGAGCUAGAGGCUCUUGAUGGAGUCGGGUCCAGCGAGGGCGCAGACGACGAUGGCCCACGGGAGAGCGCCCAGGAGCGCAUCCACUCUCACGCGCAAGCUGGACCUGGUCACCAGCAUCAGCGGCAUGAGGAUUCGCGGCAAGCAGCGGCGGCGGCGGUGCCUGCUGCUGCAGGAACGCUCGACGGCAAGGCGCCAAGGGCAAGUGGCCACGCCAAAGCGCAGCCCAAUGCGCAAGGCGGCGGCCGCCAAAGCAAGGAAGAGCAGCAGGGGCCUGGGCGAAAGCGGCCACACCCUGGUGUCGACGACAAGGGGCAGUCCCGGCCAUUGGAGGGGUCUGCUGGCCGGGGUGGUCACAGCAAAGCAACCCGCCGCGAUGCCGAUGGCAGUUGCGACCAUGAGGAGCCGCUUGGCCGUGGCGGCAAGCACUUCCGCGAAAGAGGGCCGGGUGGGCAGGAGGGAAAGAAGCUAUCACGACUGCAGCGAUUGGCUCAACAGGUGGCGGAGGAGAAGGCGGAGAAGCAAAGGGCCAAGGAGGCGGCGAUGAAGGAGCGCGAGGAGCGCAUGCAGCGGGUGGCAGCUGUGGAGAAAGCUCGCAAGGAGCAGAAGCACCUCUACUUCAAGCGCAAUGCCAAGGGACAGCCGUUGAUGCGGUACCGCAUGGACAAGCUGCUGUCACAGCUGCAGAACACGGCGCAGUAGCCCCUGGAAGGCUCUGGGUUUAGGUGUUUGUGGCGUCGUCACUUGCCCGGCAUAAGCAUGCAUGGUGUACUUUUCAAUGCGAUGGCGCAAACCCUUGGGCCGACGUAUGGGCCUUUGCCCCACAUGGGUUGAGGGGACAUGGCAAUGUAAUAAAUUCCUGGCCAUGGGAUCCAGGACGGUGCCGACACGCCGCAGUGUUAUGGCC